GGAAAACAUUUAGUAACAGUACUUCCUUUGAGUUAAGGAACUGCUUAUUAUUUAGAACACUAUUAAGAGCAACAUUCUCCCUGUCUCUCACACUUCCCACUCCCAGCUGUAAACAGGACUGGUCAGAAGCCAAUAACAGUCUAGAGAACAAUCGAGAGAGCAUUAUGGGUGACUUCGAAGAAGGGUGGGGCUACUCCUAUGGAGAUUACAAUGGCUCCUACCCCAACAACACGGACUGGGAUUACAAGCUGGUGUCUGGGCUGGGGCCGCUGCAGUAUUUCAUCAUGGUGGUGUACAGCCUGAUAUUCAUUCUGGGGGUCCCAGGGAACGCGCUGGUCAUCUGGGUGACGGGCUUCAAGAUGAAACGCAGUGUGAACACUGUCUGGUUCCUGAACCUGGCCUGCGCGGACCUGCUGUGUUGCCUGUCCCUGCCCCUCAUGAUCUCCUGGGUGGCUGAGGAUCACCACUGGUCCUUCGGACCCCUGGCCUGCAAGCUGAUCCCGGGCCUCAUCCUGCUCAACAUGUUCUGCAGCAUCUUCCUCCUGGCGGUGAUCAGCGCAGACCGCUGCCUCCUGGUGGCCGUGCCGGUGUGGUGUCAGAACAGGAGGCGGCCCGCCGUGGCAGGCUGGGUGUGCGCGGCGGUGUGGGGGCUCUCACUGCUGGCCACCGUUCCUUUUUUCGCCCACCGCAAGGAAUUGACUGAUGACAUCAGCUUAAAAAUCCUCUGCAAUCCCGACUACUCCAGCUUGAAUGAAGACAUCAAGGCAGCUGAACUGGGGAUCACUGUGUACCGCUUCAUCGUUGGGUUCCUGGUCCCAUUUGCUGCCAUUACCGGCUGUCACGUGUUUAUCCUGUCCCGGGUGAGCGGCGGGCAGAGGGCCAGCGGGAGGAAGUCUCAGAAGACCCGACGUGUGAUCUGUGCUGUGGUGUUGACGUUUUUCAUCUGCUGGCUCCCCUACAACAUCCUGGGGUUCAUUCAGGCUCUCACCCCCUCCGACUCUCCUCUGGUACCCCACAUUCUCACAGCUGAUCUCUUCUGCGUCUGCCUGGCCUACCUCAACAGCUGCCUCAACCCCCUGCUCUACGUCUGCGUCGGCCAGGAUUUUAAGGACCACGUACGCAAGUCCCUGAAGAGCGUGCUGGAGAACGUCUUCGCCGAAGACUCCCCCCACAGUAACUCCAGCAUCUACAGCCGCUCCAACACCAGGUCCUCCAUUUCAGAGAAGGUGCAGCAUUCUGUGAUCUGAGCAGUAGCAUCUUCAUACUUCCACGCCCGACCCUUCAACUAGUCAAACCUCCUUGCCGUUGAGGGCCUGGAUUGUUCCUACUCUAGAUCCUCCACUGAGGGCAAGAUACUGGGCCCACCAGUUCUCCACCCACUCCUCUAUAUUCAAAAUCUUCAGCAAGUGGAAUGCAGGUUUCAUCUGUACCAUUUUUGGAGAAUCUAAACACAAACUAAACAUGUCUGCUCUUGCCUUUCAGUAUUAGUAGCUAACAAACUAUUUCCAUAAAUCUUACCUGCUUUGUACUUCCGUUUGCUACAUUGGUCUCAAAUGUGUGAUUUGAAAGAUUUUAUAGCUAAAUGUUUUUAAUAAUAUAUAUAUAUAUAUAUAUAUAUAUAUAUAUAUAUAUAUAUAUAUAUAUAUUUACUUUCAAUUGCAUUUUUCACAGGAUGUAUGUUUAGGGUUACCAUGUGGCUCCAGAUUAACCGGUCGCUGUGAGACAGAACGGGAUUUCAGACUUGCCCCUAAAUUGAAAUAAAUGAAGGUGUAACACAUGGUAACCCUAUGUAAGUUACAAUUGCCCUUCCUGGAUCACUUCACAUCAGCAGGUGUCUUUUGGGUCCUGUUACUGGCUGACAGCUUGUCAGUCAACAGGUUAAGCAGCUGAUUGGUUAAUGACAGGCAAAAAACUGUUAAAGGGGUGGAGAAAUUGGGUAAGGAAGUCCAGCACUAACCGAAAGCAGGGCUGGCAAAUAGUUAUUUUUUAUUUUAUUUUUUUAACCAAAUUCAGUACCAGAUACCAUGUUUUUGAAAUGAAAAUACAUGUUUACAAUAAUAACCUAACAGCACUGCCACAGUCAAGAGAAAAGUCACCAGGAUGUGAGGACUGAAAUAGUGAUUCGAAACAAAAAUAAGAACACACAAAGUAAGAGAACUAAAUUGCUUCCUAACCAGCAGUAGGCUUUUGAAAAAUAUGUGCAUGUGUCUUUUUUUGUAUCAUUAUUGUUUUGUACGAAUUUAAGUGAUAUUGAUUUUGUCAGAAUGUCUUAAUGGUCCAAUAAACUAUAACUACA